UGGCUGCAGGAGGACAGAAAGCCUCGACGCUCCGCUCUCCAGGACUACAAACCAGCUCCCCUUCCUCCUUUUUUUUUCUCUUCUUCUCUUAGUCCGCUGCUCACCUCCUUCACUCCCUCCUUCCUCCACACAUGCAGUAGUUUACUUCUCCUCCUGCUCACAUCGAUUCCUUCCUUUCAAACUUUUUUUUUCUUUUAUUCCCGGAGCGGAUCGAGUCGAGCCAACAGGUGGAGAGAGAGAGAGAGAGAGAGAGAGAUGGUGAUGAUGAUGGCGAGCGGACCGGCGCCGCUCGCUGCUGCUGCGCUCUCCCCGGCUCUGCGCGCUCGGACGCGGGCUGCGCUGCUGCUGCUGUGGCCGCUGCUGCUGCUGCGGAGCUCCGUGACGGCGCAGGAGCUGCCGACCAACGGGGUGAACGGCUACAGCCUCCACCCGCCGUACUUCAACCUGGCGGAGGGCACCAAGAUCACCGCCACGGCGACCUGCGGGGAGGAGGAGGGCGGCAGGACCGUGCACGACCUGUACUGCAAGCUGGUCGGAGGCCCGGUGUCCGGGGACCCGAGCCAGACCAUCCAGGGCCAGUACUGUGACAUCUGCAGCCAGGGCGACAGCGAUCGAGCCCAUCCCAUCACCAACGCCAUCGACGGGACGGAGCGAUGGUGGCAGAGUCCGCCACUGUCCCGCAGCACCGAGUUCAACGAGGUGAACGUCACCCUGGACCUCGGACAGCUCUUCCAUGUCGCCUACGUGUUGAUCAAGUUCGCCAACUCUCCCCGUCCGGACCUCUGGGUUCUGGAGAGGUCCGUCGACUUCGGGCAGACCUACCAACCCUGGCAGUACUUCGCCUCCUCUAAGAGAGACUGCAUCGAGCGUUUUGGACAGCAGACCAUCGAGAGGAUCAACAGCGACAACGACGUCAUCUGCACCUCCGAAUACUCGCGUAUCGUCCCGCUGGAGAACGGAGAGAUCGUGGUGUCUUUGGUGAACGGUCGGCCCGGAGCGAUGAACUUCUCCUACUCUCCGGUUCUGAGGGAUUUCACCAAGGCCACCAACAUCAGGCUUCGCUUCCUGAGGACCAACACGCUGCUCGGACACCUGAUGGGCAAAGCGCUGCGUGACCCCACCGUCACCCGCAGGUAUUACUACAGUAUCAAAGACAUCAGUAUCGGAGGACGCUGUGUGUGUAACGGACACGCCGAGGCCUGCAACGCCGAGGACCCCAUCGACCCGUACAAGUUACAGUGUGACUGUCAGCACAACACCUGCGGACUGUCUUGUGACCAGUGUUGCCCCGGAUACAACCAGUUGCCGUGGAAACCGGCCACGACCUACAGCGCCAACGAGUGCGAACCGUGUAACUGUCACCGGCACUCGUUCGACUGUUACUACGACCCCGAGGUGGAUCAGAGGAGAGGAAGUCUGGACAUGCACGGACACUUCAGAGGAGGAGGAGUCUGCCUCAACUGUCAGCAUCACACCACUGGAGUCAACUGCGAGCGCUGCAUCCCGACCUACUACAGGUCACCUGAUUACCCCGUCGAGUCCCCGCUGGCCUGCUCGCGCUGCAACUGUCAGUCCGAGUUCACAGACGGCACCUGUGAGGAUCUGACCGGUCGCUGCUUCUGCAAACCGAACUACAGCGGCGAGAACUGCGACUCCUGCGCCAGCGGCUUCAUCAACUUCCCCGACUGUUACCCAAUCCCCACGUAUCCCACCAACAACAACAACGGCGAGGCCAAACCAGCAGGCGAGAUCAUCAACUGUGAGUGCAGCGCAGCCGGGACGGUGGAUAACUCCUGCAGGCCGGAUCCCAGAACCAGGACCUGCGUCUGUAAACCUGGUUUCACCGGCGACCACUGCGACACCUGCGCUCCUGGUUUCUAUGGACUCAACUGUCAGGGCUGUCAGUGUUCAGGUCCCGGCUGUCAGGACGGGUCAUGUGACCUGGUGACGGGUCACGCCGUGUGUCGGAGCGGUUUCCAGGGUUCCCAGUGCGACCAGUGUGCACCGGGCUACUUCAACUACCCGCUCUGCCAACUGUGUGGCUGCAGCUCAGUCGGCUCUUUGCCCGAAGGCUGCGACGCGUCCGGUCGUUGUCUGUGCAGACCAGAGUUUCAGGGUCCUCGAUGUGAGCAGUGCAGAUCUGGUUUCCACUCCUACCCCAACUGUCAAGUGUGCACCUGUGAUCCUCGCACCUCAUUGGACACCAGCUGCACCGCGUCGGGUCACUGCCACUGCCGGCCCAAUUACAGCGGCGCGUCAUGUGACCAGUGUGCUCCUGGUUACUACGGUUACCCCAGCUGCACACCCUGUCAGUGCUCUGCAGAAGGUUCCCGCUACAUCAGCUGUGACCAGGUGAGCGGACAGUGUGUGUGUCUGCCCAGCGUGGUGGGACUCAGGUGUGACAGCUGUGCACACGGCUCCUACGGCUUCCCCAACUGCCAAGCUGGAACCUGUCACCCUGCCGGCUCCGCUCCUUAUGCUGUACAGAGACCUGUGGGUCAGUGCGAGUGCCGUCCACAUGUGGAGGGUUUGGCCUGUGACACAUGUAAACCUCUGUACUGGAAUCUGUCUCCUGACACUCCUGAAGGAUGCUCCAACUGUGAGUGUAACAUCGCAGGUACUCUCAGCGGUGUUGCAGAGUGUUCACAGGAAACCGGUCAGUGUUUCUGUAAACCGAACGUCUGCAGUGGACCCUGCUCCACCUGUAAGGACGGCUACUACAACAUGCAGGAGCAGAACUACUUCGGCUGCCAGGGUUGCCAGUGCGACGUCGGAGGCUCAGCCGGUCAGUCGUGUGGCGAGAGGAACGGACGCUGUCGCUGCCGACCCAACGUGGAGGGACCGAAGUGUAAUCUGCCUCGUCCGGAUCACUACUUCCCGGAUCUCCAUCACCUGAAGUUUGAGAUCGAGGAGGGAACCACGCUGGACGGCCGACCGGUGAGAUUCGGCUACAACCCUCUGGAGUUCAAGGACUUCAGCUGGAGAGGUUACGCUCAGAUGUCGCCCAUCCAGUCCAAAGUGUUGGUGUCGGUGUCGGUCAGCUCUCCGGACCUCUUCCAUGUGGUGCUGCGCUACGCCAACAGGGUUGGUUCGGACGUUCUGGGCCGGGUGUCGGUGAUCGAGGACGGCAGCUGGAGCUACUACUGUGGUAACUGUUCAGAACAGUCCAAACAGAUCGUCUUUGCUCCCAGCGUGGAGCCGACGUUCGUCAACGUUCCCCAGAACAACUUUGUGGAGCCGUUUGUCCUGAACCCGGGAACCUGGACCGUGGUGAUCGAGGCUGAGGGGAUCCUGCUGGAUUACCUCGUCCUGCUGCCCAGCGCCUACUACGAAGCUCCCAUCCUGCAGAUCAAAGUGACCGAGCCCUGCACCUACAGCGCUGCACCUGACGCCAGCCAGAACUGUCUGCAGUACAGGUAUCUGUCUCUGGACUCCUUCCCCUCCAUCUCCGGCAACGACGCCAACUGCGUCAACGACAACCACCUGCCUCGCCCCUGCCCGACCGAGAGGGUCACCCCUCGUCACCCCGACAUGGCCGUCUGCAGUGGCUACGAUAUCAGCGUGGAGAUGCGAGGGCGCCUGCCGUCUGCAGGCGAACACGUUCUGGUUGUAGAAUAUUCCAGCGAGGACGAAUUACCCCAAACUCUGUCCGUCGCUGUGAACAUGCCGGGAGCUCGAACACACCAGCACCGCGUCACUCUGCUGCACUGCAAGUACAGCUUCCUGUGUCGAGUCGUGGCCGUCGACGAGCAGAACAGAGUGGCCGUCCUCUCUCUCCCCGCCGACGCAGAGAUCCAGCUCAUCUCCGAACAGGCCAGCUUCUUCCUGCACAAAGUGUACCUGGUGCCUAAAGAUCAGUUCACCAUGGAGCACGUGGAGCCUAAAGUCCACUGCAUCAGCACUCACGGGCAGUUCUCACCUGACAGCUCCUCCUGCGUCCCCUCGCGCUUCCAGACCCCGUCGGACUCGCUGGUCCUGAAGGAGGGUCAGAGCUCCUCCAUGCAGGAGCCCAUCCUGGCCUCCCCAGCAGCUGCUCCUCCUCUGUCCUACCAGAGUGACGCUCCGACCUGGACCGGAGGAGACCGACCUCCUCAUGGAGCCGAUAACAGCGACCACGUCCGGCUGGAUUCAGUGCAGAAUGCAGCGGUGUACUCGACCCGUGUCCACGCCCUCGGACGUUACGUCUUCAUCCUCCACUAUCACCAGCCUCACCACCCCACCUACCCCGUGCAGGUUUACAUCAACGGUGGACGGAUCUGGCAGGGUCACGCCAACGCCUCCUUCUGUCCGCACGCUUACGGCUGCCGUAACGUCCUGGUUUCUGAGAAUCAGAUCAUUCUGGAUGUGACCGACCACGAGCUCUUCCUCACGGUUCAGAUUCCUGCCGGCAAAACGCUGUGGCUGGAUUAUAUUCUGGUCGUGCCCGAGUCGAGCUACAGCUCCAGCCACCUGAACGAGGAGCCUCUGGAUAAAUCAUACGACUUCAUCAGCAACUGUGGCCAGAACAGCUUCUACAUCAAUCCCACCACCGCCUCUCCGUUCUGCCUCGGCUCGGCGGUGUCUCUGUCCGCCUUCUUCAACAACGGGGCGAUGCCGUGCGCCUGCCACGAGGUCGGCGCCGAGAGCGACACCUGCGAGCAGUUCGGCGGUCAGUGCAGCUGCAGGCCAAACGUGAUUGGCCGGGACUGCUCCAUGUGCGCCACGGGCUACUGGGGAUUCCCCAACUGCAGACCCUGUAACUGUGGCACGAGGUUGUGCGAGCCGGUGACCGGUGACUGUAUCUGCCCACCGAGGACGCUGCGACCCGAGUGCACCCAGUGUGAGCCCCAGACGUUCGGCUGCCACCCGGUUGUUGGCUGCGAGGUCUGCAACUGCUCUCGUCCGGGCAUCGUGUCCCCCGACGUGAGCUGUGAUACGCUCAGCGGACAGUGCAGAUGUAAGAACAACGUCGUCGGCCGUCAGUGCGACCGCUGCGCUCCUGGUUUCUACGGUUACCCCAAGUGCAGGCCGUGCGACUGCAACGAGGCCGGAACCGAGGAGGACGUGUGUGACUCCUUCACAGGACAGUGUCUGUGCAAGGAGAACGUCCAGGGUUCUCGGUGCGAUCAGUGCAGAGUCGGCACGUUCCACCUGGACCCGACCAACCCGAAGGGCUGCACCAGCUGCUUCUGCUUCGGGGCCACGGACCGAUGUCGCAGCUCCGACAAAAGACGCACUGAGAUCAUGAACAUGGAGGGCUGGGUGUUGCUCGGCGCGGACAAACAGGAAGUACCGGUCGUGGUGUAUCCGGGUCAGGAUCUCGUAGAGGCCGAUCUCAGCGACGUGCCCGACGUCUACCAGGACCUCCACUGGCACGCUCCGAAGACUUACCUGGGAGACAAGGUCUCGUCCUACGGAGGUUCUCUGAGGUAUCGUCUCCACACUCAGACCAUGAGAGGCGACGUGUUGUCUCUGCCUGCAGAAGCCUCCAGGCCUGACAUCAUUCUCAAGGGUAACCAGAUGACCCUGGUGUUCAUAGAGAGAGAGUACUCGUCACCUGAGGAGCCUCACCUGGGAAUCGUUCACAUGGUGGAGGGAAGCUUCCGUCACGCUCAGACCGGCAACUCGGUGUCUCGCGAGGAGCUGAUGAUGGUUCUGGUCGGUCUGGAGUCUCUGCAGAUCCGAGCCCUUCACUCCCAGUCGGCUCACUCCGUGUCGCUCCGCGGCGCCGUGCUGGAGGGCGCCAAGGACCUGUCCGCCGGUCGCCAUGCCAACAACGUGGAGAUCUGCAUGUGUCCCGCCAACUACCUGGGCGACUCGUGUCAGAAAUGUGCUCCAGGUUACUACAGAGACACCAUCGGUCUGUUUCUGGGGAAAUGCGUCCCGUGUAACUGUAACGGACACUCGGAUCAGUGUCUGGACGGUUCUGGAAUCUGUGUGGGCUGCCGCCACAACACGGACGGCGACCACUGCGAGAGGUGCCAGGGCGGUUUCCUCGGCAACAACACUCUUGACGGACAGGCGGUGUCGUGCUCCAGUUGUCCGUGUCCUCUGAGGGUCCUGUCCAACAAUUUUGCAGAAGGUUGUGAGAAGAAAGGCGACAGGAUGCAGUGUCUGUGCAUGCCGGGCUACGCUGGGCCGCACUGUGAGAGGUGCGCCCCUGGUUACUACGGCAACCCCAUGGUGCUCGGCAGCACGUGCCAGCUGUGCCACUGCAACGACAACACCGACCCCAACAUGCUGUUCACCGACUGCCACCCGCUGACCGGAGAGUGUCUGAGCUGCAUGCACAACACGGCCGGGCCUCACUGCGACACCUGCGCACCUGGUUACUACGGAGACGCCAUCACCGCCAAGAACUGCAGCAAAUGCGACUGUUCUCCAUGUGGCACCGAGUCAUGUGACCCUCACACCGGACAGUGUCGCUGUAAACCUGGAGUCAGCGGGCCGCGCUGUGAACACUGUGUGGACGGCAUGUUCGGCUUCAAUUCCUGCAACGGCUGUCGUCAGUGCGACUGCGAAGCCUCUGCGGCUCUCGUCCAGCCGUGUGACCCUCAGAGCGGUCAGUGCGCCUGUCAGCCCGGAGUCAACGGACCGAGCUGCAAACAGUGUGCUCCUGGACACUGGGACUACGGACCCAACGGGUGCAGGAAGUGCGACUGCAGAGGAGGUUCCUGCGACCCUCGCACAGGAGAGUGUCGCUGUCCUGACGGCAUGAUGGGAAAACAGUGUGACACCUGCUCACAGAAGUACAACGUGCCUGUCGACGGCCACCAGGGCAUGCACUGUGAACCGUGCGACAGCUGUGUCAUCGUCCUGUUGGAGGAUCUCGACAAAAUGAAUGACAACUUCCACUCAGUCGCCGGUCAGCUGAAGAGUCUCAACGCCAGCUCCAUGGCCUGGGCUCAGCUGAACAACCUCAACAAGACUCUGGAGGACGUCGCUCGGGCCGUAGAGAACUACAACAGCACGCUGGACGAGAGCCGGAGUCGAGCCGAAAUGCUGGACGCUGAGAUCAUGAACAUCAACGAUGACAUCAGUGAACUGCAGGACAAGACGAUGGGGAUGAUCGACCGGGUCAGUGACCUGCGGGACAGUACCAACAACACACACCAGAGGGCAGAAGACCUGCUGUCCUUCAUCAACAACAUCACCAUGGACAUAAACGAUAUCAUGCUGAUGGCGAACCGGUCGUCACUGAAUAAGACGGAGGCAGAGCAGGACGAUGACGAGCGGGAGAGGAAGAUGAGGGAGGUUGAGGCCAUGCUGAGGGAGAUGAGAUACAGAAGCUGCGUGGGACAGAAGAAAGUGGCCAACAAGGAGAAGACCGAGGCGGAGAAACUGCUGGAUCGCGUAAAUAAGGAGCUGGCGGGUCGUCAGGGAGAAAACAACGACUUGGCCAAAACUAUCAGAGACCGUCUGACUCGCUUCAACUCGGAGAUGAUGGAUCUCCGAGACGCGCUGAACGAAGCCGUGAACAACACCGCCAGAGCCUCGGAGAUCAACAACGUCAACGAGAAAACCCUGGAGGACAACAAGAGGAAGAUCGAGGACCUGCUGGAGAAGCAGAAGGAGGUGAAUGACCAGCUGCAGAUGGCCGAAGAUGACGUCGCUCAGGUGAACGACGUGCUGACCAUGCUGCACGACUCCAAAGAGGAGUACGAGCGGUUGGCGGCCAAGCUGGACGGCGCCAGGACCCCGCUGGCAAAGAAAGUGCAGGACUUCGGUUGGGUCGACUCCAAGAUUCCUCUGGUGGAGGAAGCAGAGAAACACGCUGAACUGCUGAACGCUUUGGCCAUGAACCUGUCCAGUCUGGUUGAAGAAACCAAGAGGGACGGAUUUGUGGACAUAACAAACACUUACAACAAGAUCAUCAACAGCAUCAAGGCGGCAGAGGAGGCCGCCAAGAUGGCCGACAAGGCUGCCAACGACACUUUGGAGAACAUAAAGGACCAGGACCUCAGCCAGGUCGCCAAAUCUCUGAGGAACCACAGCAUGGAGCUGAAGGACGAGGUUGAGAAGUUAGAUGAUGAGCUCAACAACGACCUGAAGCCGCAGCUUGAAGACGCCAAGAGGCGGCUGGACGAGGCGAAAACCAAACAGGCUGAUGUGAUGAAGGACCUGGAGACGGUUCAGAACAACCUCAACUUCACUCUGAAUGUGAGUCAGGAGAUCAGCGAUGCGAAGCGUGCGGCGGAUGUGGCGAACACCACGGCCACGCAGGUCAACGAUGCCCUGCGUCCCAUCAAAGAGCAGCUGGACCAAUGGCAGCAGACCUACGGAGACGCCAACGCCACCAGCGAUGACAUCAACAACGCCCUGAUGGAGGCCAACAAGACCGUUCACUCGCUGGGUGAGACGAUUCCCUUGCUGAUGAAGAAGCUCGACAAACUGCAGAAUCACUCGGUACAGAUGCCAAACAUCUCCGAGAACAUCGACCGCAUCCGUCAGCUCAUACAGCAGGCGCGAAACGCCGCCAGCAAGGUCAGCGUUCCCGUGAAGUUUAACGGGGAGUCGGGCAUUCAGGUCCGUACUCCACGUAACCUUGCUGACCUGGCAUCCUACACCUCCAUCAGGUUCUACAUCACUCUGCCGGAGGCGGCCCGAGCGAGGCGGCAGGACAGCAGCGUCAAACAGUUUAUCUUCUACUUCGGCAACAAGGAUUCCAGUACGGAGUUCAUGGGCUUGACGCUGGAGGGGAAGAGGCUGCACUGGUACUUUAACGUCGGUGGAGAAACUGCUGAUGUGUCUAGUAAGGAAGACAUCAAGUCUGAUGGAAACUUCGACAAUAUUGUGAUAGACAGGAUCCUUCAGUAUGGCAGGAUGUCCGUGUUGUCAGAAGGUGGCAAUGAGUGGCAGACAACGAGCUACAAAGCCGAAGUGGAGGCUAGAGGAGAUCAGGGGCUGCUCAACCUGUCCACCAACAACACUGUUUUCUAUGUGGGAGGAUACCCGAGUACUUUCAAACCGCCUGCUCCGCUGGCUCUGCCUUACUUUAAGGGCUGUAUCGAGUUUGAUACGCUCAAUGAGGAAGUGCUCAGUCUGUACAACUUUGAAAAUAUCUUCAAUCUCAACACCACUGUGGACAAACCUUGUGGCAGGUCGAAGCCCGCGCAGCCUAAACCCUGGGAGAAUGACGCAGCGUAUUUCGACGGCAGCGGCUUCGCUGAGAUCACCUUCACUGAUGAAGCCACUCGCAUGCAGCGCUUCGAACAGGAAGUCAGGCUGCUGUCACACAACGGAAUCCUGCUCCUGCUGCAUAACGAGACUAAGUUCAUGUGUCUGGCAGUUCAUCAGGGCAGACUGAAGGUUUUGUACGAUUUCGGCGACAAGCUGGAAUCUGUGGAGCCUAAAGAUCCUUCAGAUGGAUCCCUGAUGAUCAGCAACGCUGAGUCCAAAGUUGUGGAGAUCAUCAUCAUGCGUUCGCCCACGUUCCGUGUGGUGGUGAGGAUCAACCGCGCUGGUCUCUACACCCACCAUUUCACAGAGGCCAUCCCCAUGUUCACGGGCAGCUACUACCUGGGAGGAGUACCGGAGAAAAAGAUGCCUGCCAAGUUGAAGUCUCUGUUCUCUAAGCAGGGAUCUCUGAGGGGCUGUUUCAGGAACGUCAAGGUCGGCGGCAAUCACGUUGCCCUGAACACGAUGACGAGCUUUGGAGUCAGUUUCGGCUGCAAAGACAGCGUGCUGGUGGCUCAUGAGGCUCAUUUCUCCGGUCAGAGUUACCUGAACUUGGCUCUGACAGAUAUUCCAGCCCUCAGGAACUACAGCUUCCACGCCAGCUUCGGCUUCAGAACCGAGCAGAAGGACGGACUCAUGUUCUACCACCAGGAUCAGGACGGUGUGUGUCAGGUGUUUUUGCUCGAGGGCCACGUGGUGGUGAGAGCUGGCAACAGUGAGAUUAAGACGAGCAAGACGUACAACGAUGACAGCAGCCACCACGUCAUUAUCUACAUCGACAUUAACGGGAUGCGUCUCUACAUGGACGACGUGCGUGAGCAGGAAGUCAGGGGCAUCCGUUUCGACAACAGCGCUGUCAGCUCAGGAGGAAGCACCUUCCUGGGUGGGAUGCCCAACCAAGGCCUCCAGAAUCUCACUGGAUGUAUCAGCAAUGUUUUCAUCAAGAGCAUCGGGGACAAGGAGAUUUUAAACCUGCUGGGGGCAAAAGAUAUUUUCAACGUUCCUAUGCAGUGUCCUGCUGCCAAAAAGCCUCAGCAGAUCGUUGCUGCCCAGCCUAAACACAGCAACAAACCCAAGGGAAAGCACAGGAAGCCGUCGGGGUCUCGCAGUCGUAACACCAGGGAGUCGUGUCAGAGGGAGCUGUCGGACCAGGAGACCGGAGCGACGCACUUCAGCGGCUCCACGCAUGGAUACCAGAGAUACGACUCGCUGCCCAGCUCGCUCAGCUCCAUGCCUCACAUCUCCAUGUCGCUGAGGAUCAACUCCUCCGACGGUCUGGUGCUGUAUGCAGCUGGCGGGCAGCGCGGCGCUGUGAUGUCACUCGGCGUGUCAGACGGCCACCUGCUGCUUCUGUUGGACGGAGGGAAGAGGAAGGUCAGCCUGCGGAGCCGCAAGAAGUACAACGACGACCAGUGGCACACGGUGUUUAUAAAGCGUGAAGGAGAGAAGAUCAGUCUGAUCGUGGACGGGAUCAGCGCUCAGUCGAAGAGAAUCCCCGGAGGAGACCGGACUCGACUCACCGGGCCUUUAUAUGUGGGAGGAGUCCCGCCCUCGCUGACGGCUCCGGGCUCCGGUGGUUUCGUCGGUUGCGUCAGGGACUUGACGCUGAACGAGGCCCCUGCAGGAAGUCCCGCCCACAGCCAGGGGACGGUGCCCUGCUUCCAGGACCCUCUGCAGCCCGGAGCGUAUUUCUCCGGUCAGGGAGGAAACAUGGCAAUAGAUGAAUCUUUAGUUCUGGGUCGAGAUGUGGAAAUCCAGCUGGAGGUUCGGCCCGUCUCGGACUCUGGGCUGCUGUUGCAUGCUGGGAUGUCACCUGACCAACACCUGACCGUGGUCCUCAGUCAGGGAGAGGUGACUGUGUCAGUCAACACCGGCAAAGGUGAAUUCUCUACCUCCUUCACUCCUGAAGAAUCUCUCUGUAACGGUCGCUGGCACACCAUCACAGUGGUGAAGAAGAACAACGUCCUGCAGCUCCACGUUGAUGCAGCCAGCGAGCACAGCGUCGGGCCCAAACAGAGCCGCUCUGCAGGGGCCAAAGAGACCGUUUACCUCGGAGGGGUACCAGAUGGCGUCACAGUUCCGGGUCUUCCUGCCGGCCUGCCAGCGUUCCACGGCUGCAUCCGCCGGGCGUCGAUCAACCACAGACCUGCCAUGUUGUCCAAACCGCUCGCUGUGCACGGAGGCGUGGGAACGCAGGGCUGCCCACUCAUGUAGACACACACACACACACACAGUCUUAUCCUCACAUUCCCCGACUACAAAUUACUGGUGGUGGGUGUCAUGUUACUGUAGCUAAUUUAAAAUAUAUAUAUUAAUAUUUAUUUUCUAUUUUCAGAAAAAUGUAUAUUUUAUAUUUUCCUGUUUGUCGUUGCAGAGUUACUGGUUUGUUUUUGUGCUACAGCAGUGACAACUGUCUGCACACAGAGAUGCACUGAUACACAUCACUCACAUAUAAACGCCUAUAAUCACAAAUCAAUGAUUACAUGUGUAGUAUAUUGUAAAUAAAAGCCCACGCAGCUUGAUUUUUUUUUUCUAGCUUUUUUUUUUGCAAACAGUUGGUGAAAAAAAUACAUUAUGUUGAGAAUUUUUGUCCUUUUGGCAACAAACAAAUCCAAGUAAAUAAUGUAUGCGACUGUUUAUCGUGCAUCUCUAGCAGAGAAUGUUAAGAAUACCUACUGAGUCGGUACACUGUGAACACUGUAAUGUAUGAGCAACGUCCUCAGGCAGCACAGAUGGGAAAUGUUAUCUGUAACGCGGACUGGGACUGGACGUCUGGGAAUAUCAGAGUUAAUUAAGUCUAAGUCAUGCAAAGAUGAAUACAUUUAUCAUUAAAAAGGGGCAAGAGCAGGCGUGUCAUUGGCUGCUCUCUUAAUGGUCUUGCACAUUAAGGUUUUAGUGUAAAAAGUAAUAAAACAUCAGGAAGAUCUCCACGUUUUAUGUCACGAGUUGUCCGAUGACAUAAACGUCAGACUCAUUCCCACAUCCCGUCCGUCAGCUCCAGUUCCAGGCAGCGUUUCUCUUCUCUAUUCCGUCAUUAAUAUAAACAUGUACCAAACAUGAGUGUGAAGCUUGUAUGUAAUAUAACCACUUUUUAAAAAAAAAAUAUGUCACAGAAAGAAUAAGCUUGUUUCCCUCCUCUUCACUCCCGCCCCCCACUUGUGUUGUAAAUGUAUUUCUGAAUAAAGUUUUUUUUUUCAUACAAA